AUGAUUUAAAAGGCAACCAUGGAGUUCAGCUCUUCCUCUGUUUUUGAUCAGCAUAAAGGAGAUUCCGCUGAGGAAAUUGAUCUGAAUGUAGUGUACCAGGCGGCAGCUAAUGGAGAUGUCAACACCUUAACAGCAAUCAUUCGUGAGGAUCCUUCUAUAUUAGAAUGCUGUGACAGCGAGGGCUCUACUCCCCUCAUGCAUGCUGUCUCAGGGAGGCAAGUUGAUACAGUGAAGUUAUUGUUAAAAAUGGGCGCCUCAAUAAACACACAAGAUGCUUGUGGACGGACCUCAUUGUCUCUGGCAACCUACCUGGGUUGGCUGGAAGGGUGUGUUUGCUUACUGAGAAAUGGAGCAAAGCAGAAUAUACCAGAUAAAAAUGGAAGACUGCCUCUUCAUGCUGCUACAGCCGAGCCAGAUGUCAGGUUAAUGGCUGUACUGCUGCAGCAGUCUACACCAUGUGAAAUAAACUACCAGGACAAUGAGGGCAUGACACCAAUUCAUUGGGCUGCUUUUCAUAACCGGCCACAGCAUGUGCAGGCAUUACUCCAAAAGGGAGCUGAUCCUACUCUGGUUGACAAGGACUUUAAGACAACCCUCCACUGGGCCGUGCAGAGUGGAAACAGGCAUAUGUGCUCCCUGAUCCUUGCCCAUCACCUUGGCUCCUCUGUAAUAAACUACGAUGAUGAAAAUGGAAAGACCUGCAUGCACAUCGCUGCAGCCGCAGGGUACAGUGACAUUAUCUACGAGCUGGCAAGAAUUCCAGAAACCAACCUCCAGGCCCUUGACAUCGAUGACAGGACUCCACUCCACUGGGCUGCUGCAGCAGGGAAGGCUGACUGUGUAGAAGCACUUGUACAGCUGGGAGUGGAACAGAGCCCCAGAGACAUCAAUGAAAACACUCCACUGACAUAUGCAAUGUACUGUGGGCACACAGCAUGCAUAAAAGUGCUCUCCCCGGAAAACAGAUGUGAAUCUUCAAUACAGUUGCCUUUACAGAACAACAACCAGUCUCAGAAAAAAGAGGGGAGGUUUAGUGUGCUGAACCAAAUCUUUUCUUGCAAAAAGAAGAAGGAUGACCUAAGGACGGGACUGAAAGAGAAAAACAGAGAGAGGUACUUAAGAGAAGAAACCUCCGAAGUAGAUGACAUCAUUACAACUUUUGAUUGCAUCAUGGACACUACUCGUAAAGACCAUUCAGAGGGUGGGAUGAACAGCAUAGACUGUACUCAGAGGACCAGUGACACUCACAGGUACCACCACACAGAUAAAAAGCAGCCAAAGGAAUACAAGGAACUUCCACCAAUUAGAACGCAGAGCCUUCCACCAAUAACACUUGGUCACUCCUUAUUGGCCAAUUCACAGAGUACAGCCUCUGGCAAUUCUAGUGGUCAGAUUUCCUGUCAUUUUGCACACAGGUCUCAGAAAAGCAGGAGUGAACAUGACUUGUUUGACAGUAGGACCAAUUGCCAAGGACUUUUAACUAAUUCUUGGAAACCAGAGGCCAACCAGAUAUUGUCACAUAAAGUAUGGACUGCUCCGCCAUCUGAAAAACUGUUGGAUGGGUUUCUGCAAGACAGAUACAGUCACUUGGAACUAUUAUACCCUGCACAUCUUCCCCACUUACAUACAAAUGUGCAAGGACAAAACACACACCAACUACAAAUGGACAGAUUAAAAGUGAAAGAGACUCGAAACAGCUUAGCACCCAUACCUGAUCACUGCACACAUAGGUUCAUAUCAGGGGACUCUCUCAGAACCAAUCGUGUUCUUCCUGCCAUCCCCUCCCUGAAGAAACACUCCCCACUGCCACCCUCACCACCCGAGGCAGAGGACCUUUCAUCUUGCAAGUGACUCAGAUAGCAGCAUCUUCAUAGCAUAGUCAUAUCUGAAAGUCUUUGCUUUUUACAGUCAAAACAGUCAUCACCCUGGA